AUUUUAAAAAAAUAAUCAUUGCUAUUUUUUAAAAAACAAAAUAUUUUGUUUGCUUAUUUCUUACAAUAACAUUAAAUGAAUUCGGUUCGUUAAACGCGUGUGAGAUUCAAUUGUAAUAACAUUAUAUUAUUGUUUACUUAUGAAAUAUUUUUAAUUAUAAUAAUUUAUCCAAGUGAAAGUAAAAAUGUAUUAUUGACGCGUGUUUUUAAAAACGUUCACAAGUAAUUAACGAUGGCGGAUAGUGACAGUGAUGACAAUUUACUAUCGGUUAACUUUCUAGAACCUGGUGAAUUAUUAGACAGCGAGGAUGAAGUUUUAGAUGAUAAUAGUUCAGCUGCCAGGACCAGUCAUUCUUUGUCACAAAAUAGACCCAAGUUGAACAGGAAUACAUUCCAACCUAUUCAUUUGACAAAUAAGACAGAUUCAUUGUCUAUCACAGAUAAACAAAUUCAAUAUGUUUUAAAUAGCUUAGGCAUGAAUAAAAAUAAUAAGGAUAUUCAAUUGAAUGCACUGUAUUUACAUGGAGUCAUGGGAAUGACUACAAAAGAUGUAAUAGAUUAUUUUGGUGAAUAUGACGCUAAAUUUUUGGAAUGGAUAUCCAAUACUGAAUGUAAUGUAGUUUGGUUAGAUGAUCGUAUGCCUACAAAGGUAUUACUAGAAUUGACUCGUCCUAUUCGAGAAUUAAAACAUUUAUCUACAGCAAUUGAUGACAUUGAAGUAAAUCAAGAAGGAAUAAUAAAUACAAUUGAUGAUAAUAUGGAACAAGAUGAUGUACUAAUGUCAGAAGAUUAUGUAAGCUGCGUUGGUAUCACUUUACCGCCAGGAAUAUGGCGCAAAGCAAUUAAAUCACAUCCUAAAACUAAAUGUAUAUUAAUGCGGUUUAGUACAAAGUAUGAUAAACAAGAUGCUAAGAACAAAAAUAUUACAGUUGAUGACGGAGACUAUAAAUUAUUUACUCAAGACAGUCGUAAGCGUAAAUUUGUACCAGUCAUUAAUCAUCCUGAUAUUGGUGAUGAGAUGUUAAAAGGAGAUGUACGAUGGAAAUUAGCUAAAGAACCAGGAAUUACAACUUGGACAGCUGUUGCUAAAACUUGGAGUCAAUAUGAUAAUGCAAUGGAUGCAAAAUAUAAACCUAAGGUAAGAACACCAUCACCACCGCCUCCAACAUCAUCUUCAGGAGCUGCUAGUGAAGAUGAAGAUGACUUCAGUGAGGCAAGAUAUAGAGAAAGUAAAAUUCCUAGAAUGAGGAUGUAUGCUGAUGAUGAAGCACAAAAUCCAAUGCGUAAACGAGUGAAUUCACUGUCUAAUUCUAGACAUCAGAGUUUAAAUAUUGCCAAUGAUUUACGAGAGCGUCUAAAUGGAAGAUUAGUUUCAGCAAAAGUAGCUAAGGCUAUUCGAGCUGCAAAAGCUCAGCAAUAUAGUGAUGAUGAAUCUUUAGAUGUUGAUGUUGAGGAUGUGAAUGUUAAUUAUGGUGAUAUACCAUUUAAUCGUGCAACACGACGGGAUAUACCUCGUCGUCAAUACCUUCAUGAAGAUGAUGAUUACUCAAGUGAAGAAGAGGUAUAUGAAAAAAGGAAUGUAAAAAGUAGGUUAGGGCCAUACAGAAAACAAUAUGUUAAUCGAAACAAUUCCCGUUCAGCAUCUCCUCUUCAGAUUCAAAUAAGUAAUGACAAAUAUUACAAACGUAUAAAUAGGCGUUGAUACUUUUUUUAAAUUAAUGAUUGCAAUUUAUUUCUGAACUGUUAAAAUAAAUAAAACAAAUGAAAUUUCAUUUACAUUUUACAUUUUUUUUUGUUUCUAUGAGUGACAAAAGCUCAACUUUUUGUAAUAUUUUGUAAAAAUAAAUUGCAUUGUAUUACCUGAAAAUGUGUUUC